AUGGAUGGUCAUUCGCGACGAUCACGUCAUACUAAAGGUUCGAAACAAUCUCGAAAACCACAUCCAAACGCUCUUCGUCCUAUUAUAUCCGGUGAAAUAACUCCUCAAUAUCCAUAUCAAUCAGAAAGUUCAAUAACACGACCACCAGGUAGUAUAAAUUCCGAUCGAUUAAAUGCUAUUAUUGAUGAUAUAACAUCCGAGGGUGAUGAUGUACGUACUAUACCAUCAUCAAAAGUUUCAACAAAAUCAACAUCAAAUUUAGUUGAACCAAAUUCACCACCUAUAAAUGAUAAUCAUUUAUCACUUUUCACAUUACCACCUGCAAAUAUUUAUAAUCGAGAUCGUACAUCAUCAACACAAAGACCAGAACGAACAAGAAGAAGUUCAAUAAAAGAUAAAAAAUGUUUUCCUCCUAUAUCUACAAUUGAUGAUAGAACUGAUCCAAAUGGUCGGCGAAGAUCAAUUGGUGAAUUUCGUCGACAUCAAUUAACUGAAUGUAUGGAAUAUUAUCGACAUUGUCUUGAAUCAGCUCAAAAUUCAAAUACAAUUAGUAUCAAUGAUGAUCCAACAAAUAAUGAUAAACGAAAACAAUAUGCAACAACACUUUGGUAUGACUUAAAAAGAUAUUUUAAUGGAAUAAAUUCAUCUGAUGAAAAUGGUAUCGAAUCAGAAAAACGUUCAAUUGAACAUCAACGCAAAAAAUAUCUUGAUGAUUUUUAUUCUGAAUUUACUCAUUGUGAUUUUGAACAAUCACAUCAUUAUCAUGAUAAUUCGCCUAUUCAACGUCGUCAUGUAAGUGAAUUUCAUUUAAAUUAUUGUCGUGAAAUUGAUAGAUCAAUGGAAAUAUUAUUUUUUAAAUGGGAUCAAAUUUUAUCAUUAUUUCCAUCUUUUGCUGCACUUGAACAAUAUGAUAAACGUUUUGAUUCACGUACAAGAGAAGGACGAAUGUUUUAUGAAAAAUUAACUGUUUAUCAAGCUUGGUUUAAUUUAAAUUCUGAAAUCAAUCGUUUAAUUCUUGUUCUUGGUCGUAUUAUGGCAUGUACACAAUGUUAUAUGUGGCCAAAUGUAUCAUGCUCAUCAGCACCUAAACUUAAUGAUAAUGCAACAAUAAAUGCAUCUCGUCCGCCAACACCUUCAUCAACAUCAAGUAUUGACCAUAAAGAUGUAUUUGGUGCAUCUCCAUCAAAUUCAUCAUAUUAUUUAAUAAAUCAAACACCAUUUAAACAUCAACAUUCAACUAUAUCAAAUUCUUCACGUGUGUCAACAUCAUCAUCAUUUUCAACAACACCUGACGCAGCAACAACUAAACGACACCAUACCAUGACAUCAGUACCUAGUAUGGAUAAUAUUUAUCAAUAUUUAACAUCAACGUCACCAUUAACAGAAUAUUAUUAUAGAUAUAUUGAUGAUCAAUUAACACAUGCUCGAGUUGAAUUAGUAGCAAGUAUAUUUCGUUCAAAACAUGGACCAUUAUUACAACGUUUACGUUAUAUAUUUCGAAAAGAACAAACAACAAGUGGAAAUCUUAUAGCAACAACAUUUGAUUCAGUAUAUAAAAAUCAUCCAUUAUUACCAGCUAAUAUUGUUCCAAAUGAUUAUUUAAUUGAUGCUGGACCUGAUAAAUUAAUUGAUGAAUUUUUAACAUUAAAUAAACAAAUACAACAACAAAAAAACCCAAAUCUUGCAAAUAAAAAGAAAAAACAAAAUACAGCAAAAUAUCCUGAUCUUGUCAUAAAUAUUCUUAAUCGUUUUGAUCAAAAUCCAACAUUAACAUCAAGUACAUUUCCACCAGCAUCAGCACCAACAUUAGUUUUAAAACUUUUAUCUCAAGAUCGAAGUAUAAUUAAACGUCAAUCAUAUUUUCUUGAUUAUCUUGAUCCAACAUUAUUUCCACAUUUACCCGGCUCAACUUUAUUUCCUGAUCCAUGUACAUUCCUUGAUAAUUUAUCAAUGAAUUCAUUUUCACCAUUAACAAUCGAUGAAAGUAUAUUAACUGCAAAAAUGUUAACAAUAUGUUAUCGUCUUUAUGAGAAACAUGUUUGGACUGAUAGUGGCAAAUUUUCUGAUAUGUUUGAAUUAUUCCAUUUACCAUCACUUUAUCCACAAUAUGUUUUUCUUGUUCAAAUCCCAUUAGAUUUAAUGCUUGCUUGGCAAAAAUAUCAUCAAGAUAGAAAAAUGGAACAAACAUCAACAACAGGUGCUCUACUUUUAUUAAUUGAUGAAUGUAAAAUAUUAAUUCAUAGUGCAACAUUAAUUCGUCAUUAUAUUAAAAUAAUGAUUACUGAUAUAUUUGAAAAACCUGAAUUAAGAUUAAUUGAAGAUGAAUUAACACAUUUUGAUCAAAAUAUAAUUGAUACUAUGCAUGAAAUUAUUAGUUAUAUUGAACGUUAUAUUGAACUUUCUUUACGUUCAAAUUUAUUUCAUAAUUGUACUAUUCUACUUAAAGAACAAUGGAAAUCAUUAAAACAAUAUGCUACAAUGAUGAAUAUUGAAGAAUUACUUGGUGAAAAAUUUUUUAAAAUGUAUUCAAAUAUAAUAAAACAUUUUCAUGAUUAUAUUGAUAUAUUUCAUUCAACAACAGCACCAACAGAUACAAAUAAAAUGGAACAUAUUAAAAAGAAAAUACAUCGAAAAUAUCAAAAAAAAUUAACAAUAGAUAUUUUACGUGAAGCCAAAGCUAUUUAUGAUGAUUGUGCAUUAACAAUGAAUAUUUAUUUACAAAAACCUGUUUGUCGAAGAUUUUUACUUAUUCUUAAAACAGCUCGAUUUGAAAGAAUUAAAUUAGUUACCGAACCUCAUCUUCAUCAUCAUCACCAUCAUCAUACACAUACGAAACAUGACAAAGAUGCAUCACCAUCAUCUCAAUGUCUUUUAUUUGCUCCAGCUGAAUAUUUUGAAGAUAAUGCAACAAAAUUUCAAUUACUUCGAACAUUAUCAUCAUCUUUUCGUAUAAAUACGAAUACAAAUUCAUCUGGUGACUCAAAUGAUGAACAAUCACCUCAAACUCAACAACAAUCACCAACUUCAUCUCAACAACCAACGAAUUCUACAAUUGAAAUGUCUCCUCCAUUAGUCUAUGUACUUUGUGUACCAAUAUCAAAUGAACUUGAAUCAGAAUGGCGUGGAGUAACACAUACAAUAUCAACAAAUAAAAAUUUAACAUCAAUUUUACCAUUGAAUACAAAUUGGAAAACAACAACAAUAUUUUUAUUAACACAACAAACAAAUAAUCUUGAAAAAUUUGAAGAAUCAUUUAAAGAACGUUUAUCAAAAACAAAUGUUCAACAAAAUGAUUUAUAUAAUUUUGAUACAAAAACAGGACAAAUAUUACAAAAACGUUCAUGUUUUGAAAAAGUUGAUCGUGCUAUGUGUGAUUUAGCUCAUGCAAUAAUAAGUUUAAGUAAUUGUGUUGUAAAUAAUGUUGAACAAUUUGAAAAAAUCAUUGAGACAAUUGAUAAUCAAACUUCACAUGAAAGUGAUAUUGAACAAUCGGAAAAAAUUGAUACACGAACAUAUGUUCAUACUGAAGAACUUGCAUUUUCAUUUGGUAUGGAUAUCAUACGAGAAACAAGUUAUUAUGCAACACAAUUAGAAACUAAUACAUUAAAAACUCAAGCUGAACGGCAACUUGCAUUUGCUAAUCUAUGGUUAAAAUUUGUUCGUAAGAAAAAAACAACAACAAGUAUGUCAAAAUAUCCUACAACAAUACCUAUGUGGUUAUUACCUGGUAUACAUUUUCUUCGAUAUAUAUGUUCAUUACAUUUUACAAAUCAUAUUAAUGAUGAAGUUUUUAAUAAAUUUUAUGAAAAUAUGCAACAAACAAUUAAUUGUUUACAUAAUCCAAAUGUUAAUUAUGAACUAAAACCAAUAAGCCCAAAUACUCGACCAAGAAAAUUAUCUAAACCACUUUCAACAUCAUCAGUAAGAAAAAAUUCUUAUGAUAAACAUCAGAAAAAAAAAUAUAAAUUAACAAAAAUUCAACAACUUGUAAUUAUGGAUAGAAAAAUAGAUCGACAACGUUUUAAAGAUGGUCUUAUUGGUAAAAUAAAAUCCGAUGAUGGACAUCCAAUUCCAAUGCCAUCAAUAUCAAAACGAAUGGAACAAGAUUUAGCAUAUUUAAAAAUACGAAAUUUUCAUAAAUUAAAUCUUCUUUCACGUGGACAAUAUGCAACAACUUAUAAAUGUACUGUUGAACCCAAUGAAGUUCUUUGUUAUAAACAAUAUAAAAUUCAACAUAAUGAUGCAAAUGCUAUUGCUACAGUUCUCGAACAAUUAGUACCACUUAUGCAUAUAAGUCAUGAAAAUUUAAUAAAAUAUCGUGGCAUUGCUCUUGAACAUGAUCAUAUAUUAUUUUUUAUGGAAUAUUGUAGUCAUGGUACAAUAGCACAACUUUUACUUGGUACAUCUCCAUUAUCAUCAUCACAUACAGAUGCACGUCGUGCAUCAAGUUCAUUAGUAUGUUCAUUAAAUGAUACAUCAUCUGUUGAUAAAGGUAUUAUACAAACAACAGCUGGUUUUGCUUUUUUUGAAGAAUUUCUUGUGCAACGUUAUUUAAGACAAUUAUUAUCAGCAUUAUCAUUUUUACAUGAUAAAGAAAUCAUACAUCGUGAUCUACGUAAUGUUAAUAUAUUUUUAACAGAUUCAACCAAACAAUCAAUUAAAUUAGGUGAUGUUAAUCUUGUUUAUGAUUUUAAAUUUAUGAAAAAACAAUCAUCAUUACUUGAUAUGGAAGCUAUUGCUAAUAUACGUGAAUCAAUUGUUUUUUAUGCACCUGAAACAAUAACACAAAAUGAAACAACAGUUAAAUCUGAUAUAUGGUCAUUAGGUUGUACACUUGUUCAUAUGUUAACUGGUCGUAUACCAUGGAGUAAUCCAUCAAUAGCAUCAAGUGCUUAUUAUUGGAAAGUUAUUAAUUGGGUUGCAAAUGGUGUACAACCAACAAUUCCAACAGAUUUAAGUUUAUCAAAUGAAUGUAUUAAUUUUCUUGAACAAUGUUUUCGACAUGAUCCUAAUCUACGUCCAUCAUCACAAGAACUUCUUGAACAUCCAUUUGUUAAAGAAAAAUAA